AGACGAAUAUUUCGUUUGUUAUUGCGAUUCAGUGCAUGUGGUUUGAUUCGGUGAUUCGCCUCACCUUCAAAAGUCCACGUGAAUUAGAUUAAAGUUUAAUAUUAAAAUUUAAAAGAACACUUACGUCUCCUGGAAGUUGAACAUUGUAAAAUGGCUUUACCCAAUCCAUUUGCUUGUGGAGCAGUUUCCAAUCCAAGCUUUACUCACCUUUCUUCACCAAAGAAUCAAUCAUUAAAUCCUGGGCCUGGAUUACCACAAGCACCUCAACCUCAAUAUAGCAGUGUCAGCGUGACAAGAACGCAACUUAACGAUACGAAACACAACAAUUUUGGUUUCCAAAAGAACGGUUUUCAAAGCUCACAAUAUCAAUCAUUCUCGUGUGAUCGAUGUGACCGCUCAUUUAGAUCUCAAGAACUUUUGGAUUCUCAUAUAACUGAACACAUUGCUUGUGGAAUAAAUGGCUGUCCAUUUGUAGCCCAUCCUAAAAUUGUGGAGAAGCACAUUCAAAUGCAGCAUGAAACAGGCCUUGCUGAUCAAAUUAUGAGACUCAACACGCCAGAAGAGAUACAAAAGUGGAGGGAGGAAAGAAAGAAUCGAUUUCCCUCAACUGCUAAUGUUGCUCGUCGACAGGCUGAACAGAAAGAAAAGUUAGAAAGAGGAGAAGUCCUUUAUGAACCUAAAAAAAGAUUUGCAAAGGGUAGAAAUGAAAGAGGGCAAGGUGAGAAAGGAAAGGGAUGGGAUGCAAGAAGAAAUCAAAACAAGAAAAACAAGAGACAAGAAACAGAUGAAACUAGAUGUGAUAUGCAAACUCAGCAAGUUAAAUCAGAAUUUUCACAAAAGCUUCUUCUAGCAAAUGAAACAAAGUCAUUCAACACCACAAAAACUCAAGAAGCAACAAUGGUACAAGUACAAAAGGAACUUAGUGAUGGCGAAUUAGAUUCGGAUAACGAAGUAGAAAAUGCUAAAGCCGCGGCAAUUCCUGGUAGCAAUGCCCUAGCUAAUUUGAUGAGCUAUGCUUCCGAUUCUGAAGAAGAAGAAGCAGAUGCUAAGAAACCAAAAUUGGUUUCAGAAGAAAGUGAAAAGAAUGUAAAAAAUGUUGAAAAAGAAAAGGCAGAACAUUUAACUAAACCAUCUAAACAAGCCAAACGUCGAAAGAAGGCGAAAGCACAAAAAAAUAUACCAGCUAUUCCAGCGAUUAAAGAACUCAUUCGUCCUAAAAGACUGACACUUUUGCAAAAGCUAUUGCAAGGGGAAAUUUUACAUGAACGUAACGUUAUCCUCCAAUGCGUGCAUUACAUUGUCCAACAGAAUUUCUUUGGCUUUGAUGAAGGAAAUAUGCCAGGUACAAUAACAGUUGCGGCGGAAGUUAAAGACACACCUUCCUCUCAAACAAAUAAUCCGUUAGUUAAAAUUGAGUUGUAAGUUUGUAGGUUAUUCUCGCCGCCUUGAAUAUAUCGAAAGCUGAA